UUAUUUAGCAAAUUUUUUUUAUUCAGCAAGAGAAGCGCGUAUCGGUUCGAUGUUUUCGGUUGGAGCUAUUUUUUUGUUUGCUACUCGUAUCUCCGAUUGUCAAGUUGAUCGAUCGAUUGAGCGUUAAUCGUAGUCUCGUUUGCUUCGGUUAAAAUACGAUUAGUCAAUUUCACAACGGAAUGAGAUUAAAUUAGAAUCAAAUUGGAAAUGAUAAAAAAACUCUGACCGUUAACAAUUUAACAUUUGUACGUACAUACGUGUGACGUGUGAUUUGACUAUUUUAGAAAUUGUCUCUCUCUUUAAGGGGCGGCUUUUGAUUGAAACCUCGCGAAUUUUAAGAGAUACGAUCCUGUCCGCGAGGCGCUCAUGAAUAUUUCGCGUGAAGUUGGCCGCGGGACGGAGUAAAAUGGCAGUUAAAUCACAGUGACACACGUCCGGAUCCCUAACCUCUCAUCCCGACUCUCCGAAAGUGAGUACGGUUUCACUCGGAGUGAUUUUUUCGAGGCCACUUGUCCCUUCCGUUAAAACGCACACGUGCGUGUUUGUCGAAGUGCGAAGUCCACAAUAGCGCGCCUUCCACCUUGACAGAGUUCACAGAUAUGUACAUAAUUUACUGCUUGAUUACAAAUAUAUAUAACCUAAUCUAACCUAAACAUCCGUGUAGUAACUACUUUUUUUGCCGCGAAAACAAGAGUUGAAGUAUAUAAAUAAUAUGGUUGCGAGUUCUGCAAGAUAAACGAUGGAAUCUUCUUUAUCAAAGUGCAUCUGACGAAGCGGUGCUUCUUCUUUCGAUUCUGGUCGGUACUCGAAAGAAAAAAAAGAAAACUGAUGGACUCGACGAAGAGAAACGGUUUAUCAAACGCUCGAUCGAAAGAUAAGAAUGAAGAAACCAAGUGCCAAAGUUACGACACUUCUGGUGAUAUACAGGAACAAAUGAAGAAAGUGGAGGUGAACCCUUCUUCGCCCACCAGCGUGUUAGCCAAGAACAGCCUAAUAUUACCUACGGAAGUUAUCAGAUCUAAACAAAUCGAGCAAGUAAAAGCAAAAGUUGAAACAAUGUCGUCCGGAUCUGCCACUGGAAAUCCGCGAAAUAAAACAGCCCUAGCACCCGGACAUAGUUUGAUGGACUGGAUUCGUUUGGGUAAUUCGGGAGUCGAUUUAACUGGAGUCGGUGGUGUGCCGCGAAUCGUAACAUUAUCCGAGCUGGCUAAUCAUAAUAAGCAAACUGACGCUUGGAUUGCAAUUCGAGGAAUUGUAUUUAAUGUUACGCGUUACAUGGAUUUCCAUCCGGGUGGGGUCGACGAACUGAUGAAAGGCGUCGGAAAAGACGCCACAAAGUUGUUCGAAAACGUGCACGCUUGGGUGAAUUAUCAGAGCAUACUGCAGAAAUGCGUCGUGGGCAGAUUGAGUCGCAGCUCUUCUUGCACAUCGAGUACUUCUUCCAGAACGGAAAAAUUGGCCACGGGUGCGAACAAUUGUUCGUCCGUGACGUUAGGUCUAAGUUCCGCUGCACAAAAGAAAACUGAAGAAAACUCGGAUAUACCCAAUGUAAAUAUGGAUUGGCGGCAAACAUCUAAUUCCAUAACGCUCUUUUAUCAAGCGGUGCACACGUAUCCAGGAGUAUAUUACCAAUUACAAAGAUUGAGCAACUCAAAAAUUAUCUUUAGACUCAAUUUUGAGAAAUAUAUUAUCGUUCACGAACUCGAAUUAACUGCUGAUGUGGAAUGGCCGCCGGUUCAUAAGAGAGAUUUCGAUACGAUGCAGGUAGACUUUACAUUUACAAAGAGGAUCACCAACAUAUGGAAAUCUCAGGGAGAUCAUACGUUAUUGCGAGAAUCCAUUACAAAUAAACGCACUUAUAAAGAGUAUGAGGUACUCAGUAAUACAUCCCUUUGCAAACUAGUUCAUUUGUUAGUUUUACGCGCCAAAGAUUCUCUAGAACUAAUUCCCAUUGGUAGACACGUAGAAGUCAAAAUGAAUGUAAUGGGAAUGGAAGUAUCGAGGUCGUACACGCCUGUCCCACCGUGCCUUCAUCCCGAAGAUAUGGCGCCACAAUACAAGCCAGAUUGUAUUUGCUUGAUGAUAAAGCGAUAUCCAAAUGGCGCACUCAGUCCGUCCGUCACAAAUUUGCAACCUGGCCAAACCCUUACGAUGAGCAAUGGUUUAGGUGCCUUCGUAACCGAAUCUUUCGAUCGGUAUCCUACCAUUCAUAUGCUGGCAGGUGGAACGGGUUUAACCGCGAUGUUAGGAAUAAUUCAGCGAGCUUUAGCGAGACGCAGCGUAAAAUUAAUCAAUCUCCUAAACUUCAACAAGGAUGAAGACAAUAUGUUUUAUGUGGCACAACUUGAUAAAGUGUCUGCAGAAAAGAAGUUCAAAGUUACACAUAUCCUUUCGCAAGCAGACGAUAAAUGGAAAGGUAGACGUGGUACUGUUAGCGAUGAAUUGUUGAAAGAACUAAUUGGCGAGUCUUCGCCAGACGGAUGUAUAUUUACGUGUGGACCAAAAGGAUUUAUGUUAUCCGCAAAAACGAGUAUAGAGAAACUUGGUUGGAAACCUUGUCAGAUAUAUGAAUUCGACGAUUAAUCGUCUUCGUUGAAAGUAUACGUCUUGAAUAUACACAUAUAUAUAUAUACAUUUCCAUUUUUUUUCUAGAGAGUUUUUAGAGAAAGCCUAAUAAGAGCUGAAAUACACUUGUACCUGUUGAACCACGUUGAUUCAGUUAAAUAUUACAGAUUUUUCCCGACUACGUGAAAACUAGCUGUGUUCACAUAGCUAUGUCUUUUAAUCACAUGUAUAUUUUUCUGAAAUUAUGAAGAGAGAUUUUUAAGCACUUUUACUCCCGUCUUCGCUCAUGACGACGCACUUAGCUGCGAUAAAUUGUAAUAUUGCAAUUCUUGUAAAGUUAUUCGUAAUUUUGCAAUUGUAUCGCGCAUCCGAAUUACAAAAGAUAAAUCACGCUUCGCGAUUUAUAGAUAGAAAGUGAAAUGUAAUCCAAUUAAGCGCGGAACCCGGUUCUAAAAGUUAAUAUUUAGGAAAAUAUGAAAAAAACCAAAAAAAAAGAAAAAACCUGGUUAGUUUCGCACCUGUUGCGUAGAAAUGACGUGACGAUUGUUAUUUAUGAUUCGACACGAUAUGAUGGUCGUAUUUUUUUUUGUGAGCGUACAUGGUAUAACAAUGAACACAAUUAAGCGGAUAAAAACUAAUUUUUAUAUACCGAUGAUUUCGAUGAGUUUAUAAUUCGUAAAAUGCAUUUUAUGUAUAUAAGGUGAGUGUUUUUCAAUCAGUACAUACUGUUUAUUCUUGAUACGUAUUGUUAUAUUUCUGUAAAUAAUGGCAAAAUCGAAAUAUAAUUGUUUCUUUGAGUGAUGUUUUGUAAGCUGCUGUGCGCAUUUAUUACAUACGAAUGUAUCUAUGUAAGCCAAUAUUCAUUGAGAAUAAAUGCAUACGGAUGAAUGA